AAAGAGAGGGAAAAAGGUGGAAGAAAGAGAAAAAAUAAAGAAAGAAAAGGAGAAGAAAGGAGAAAGAAGGGUUUUAGCAGCUCACUGUUCAACUGUUCUACAGUAGUUCAAUCAAGUGAGCAUUAUGAAUUCUGCAGCGUCGAAAAGCAUAUGGUAUAGGAGGCAGCAAUGCCCAUGUGGGGAUUGGAAAUGUUAUAUUACACAUGAGGGAGAUGUGGAGGAGCCGUCCAUGACUUCUCAAUUGGCGAAGUAUAAUACCAUGUCAACUGAAGCUAUGGUUGCCCCUUAUGUAGGGAUGGUGUUUAAGAGUGAUGAGGAUGCUUUUGAAUAUUACGGAAAUUUUGCCCGAAAGAAUGGGUUCUCAAUAAGGAAAGAGCGGUCUAGGCUGAGCCCACAGUUGGGUGUUUAUAAGCGCGACUUUGUUUGCUAUCGUUCAGGUUUUGCGCCUGCAAGAAAAAAGCCCACUGGGGAGCACCAUAGGGAUAGGAAGUCAGUUAGGUGUGGGUGUGAUGCAAAAAUGUAUUUGUCAAAGGAGGUUGUUGAUGGGGUUUCCCAAUGGUUUGUCGUGCAAUUCAGUAAUGUGCAUAACCAUGAACUGUUGGAAGAUGACCAAGUGCGUCUCCUUCCUGCAUACCGAAAAAUUCAUGAGGUGGAUCAAGAGCGGAUUCUGUUGCUUUCUAAAGCUGGGUUUCCUACACAUCGUAUAGUAAAGGUGCUGGAGAUGGAAAAAGGAAUUCAAGGUGGACAGUUGCCCUUUUUGGAGAGGGAUGUAAGGAAUUUUAUUCAAAACCGUAAGAGAGUUGUGCAAGAAAAUGAUGCUUUACUCUCUGAAAAAAGAGAAAAUGAUACCACAGAACUUCUUGAAGCAUGCAAGGCUACUAAAGAGGCAGAUGAAAACUUUGUUUAUGAUUUUACUGUGGAUGAGAGCGAUAAGGUGGAGAACAUUGCAUGGUCAUAUGGGGAGUCUGUUCAUGCAUACAAUGUAUUCAGUGACGUAGUUUAUUUUGACACUACUUACCGUUCGAUCACAUAUGGUAUGCUUUUUGGAGCAUGGUUUGGUAUCGACAACCAUGGCAAAACCGUUUUCUUUGGUUGUGUUCUGUUGCAGGACGAAACACACCGUUCCUUUGCAUGGGCAUUGCAGACUUUUGUCCAAUUUAUGAAAGGAAGACCCCCACAGGCAAUUAUAACUGAUCUUGAUCCAGGGCUUAGAGAUGCUAUAAGAAGUGAAUUACCAACUACUAAACAUGUUAUUUCUGUAUGGAAUAUCCUGGCCAAAUUAUCCAGUUGGUUCUCUCUUCCUCUUGGAUUACAAUAUGCAGAAUUUAAAUCUGAGUUUGAGGCAUUAUAUUGUCUGGAGGUUCCAGAUGAGUUUGACUUGCGUUGGAAUCAGAUGGUGUCUAGGUUUGGGCUUAGUUCAGACAAACACAUUGCUUUACUCUUUUCUUUGCGGGCAUCUUGGGCAUUAGCCUUCAUAAGAGGAUAUUUUCUGGCUCGAAUGACAACAGAACUGUAUGCAAAGUCAGUAGAUUCAUUCUUGAAAGGAAUCUUCAAUGCUCAAACAUGUCUGCGCAGCUUUUUCGAGCAGGUAGGUAUUUCUUCCAAUUUCCAAAAUCACGAAUUUGAAGAGAUGCAAUAUGUGCAUAGUAAAACAUGCAUUCCCAUUGAAGAGAAUGCACGAAGUACUCUUACUCCUUUUGCUUUCAGAGCAUUACAACAUGAGUUGGUGCUGGCUAUGCAAUAUGCUGCAUCUGAAAUGUCUACUGGAUCCUAUAUUGUCCGCCACUUCAGUAAGAUGGAAGGAGAGCGCCUUGUAAUAUGGAUCCCUGAAGAGGAACAAAUUCACUGUUCCUGUAAGGAGUUUGAAUUUUCAGGAAUUUUAUGCAGGCAUGCCCUUCGUAUACUUGUCAUGAAGAACUAUUUUCAACUUCCUGAAAAAUAUUUUCCUAGCAGAUGGCGACGAGAAAGCACACUAAUUCCUUAUGAUGAUCGAAAUACUCAAAAUGGUGAUGAUGAAUGGUUUCAAGAAUUCCAUUCCUUGACUGCAACUCUAUUUAAUGAAUCAUCAAUGACAAAGGAGCGUUCUGAUCAUGUUCGUAGAGAACUUACAAAAGAAAUUACAAGGCUCCUUAAUGAGGUUAGAGGUAUGCCACCUAGUGAAGAAGUUAUGGAUUCAACGCUUUCACCCACUAGUUGAUACUGGAAUUGUGAGUGCUGCCUAUUCUAGCAUAUGUAAUCACAGGGACCUUGUGUCUAUCAGAAACGAGGACAGCUGAAAAAGACAUGAAAAAAAGGGUGUUGAAAGGCCAGAUGGGUUACACAUUCUCUUGUCUUCUUGCAAGCAGAACAGAUGUUUCUUUGAGAAAUUGGGCUACUGAAAAGUAGGUAUUGGAUUACUGAUUUCUGUACACUCACCAACAAGUAGCUGGAGUUUCCUGGAUCAAUGAUUUGGAAGGCUGCAAAAUAUACAGAAGGCAAUGUGAACUUAUUUAAGGUGGUGUCCUGUGCAAAUUUUCAUAAAAGGACCUUUUUUUUUUAAUAAGAAAGAGGAGAAAUUUUUGCUUUUAUAUGCUUUUGGCUAUUUUUCCCCUUAACUUGAAAGAGUUGCUUUCCAUAAGAGCUUGCUUUAUUUCAGAACAUGUAAGAUGUAAAGGUGUCUGGCUUUAGACUUAAUGUUUCUUAGAUACUUCAUUUCUACC